AGCACCACUUGCUGCGCUGUCACGCAGGUAACUGACGUUACUACAACGAAGUUCAGUAAAGAGAUUAUGAGGAAAAAUAAGAAGAAUAAGAGUGAUGGCAUGUGACAUUUGACUUCUACGAAGACCAGCCCUUUUCCCAACCUGGCUUAAUGGUAAAAAGUAAUGGACUCCAACGACUGCAACCCCUGAGCAAAUACACUACACAAAUGGCCAAAAGGAUGUUAACUCCAGCAAAAAAUGUCUGAGCCCGUCCUGAAAACACGCUAAUCAAACCGAGCACUGGGUCAACCUGCCUCAUCAACUUGUACACACACAAGUGCAGGAUUGCCUGUGCCAGUUCUGCUCUGGAAGAAGAUCACUAGAAGCCUGAUCCCACAGAGUGAAGCUCCUGUACUCCCCCGUCUGUCUGCACAUAAUCAAGUGUUUUAUCAUGACAACGAGGAAAGCCAGCAGUGUGGAGGACACGGUGACCACCUCUGCCUCCGCCAACCACCAGCACCAGAACCAGCCGAGGAGCCGGAGUCCCAGCAGCGGGGUUCCGGCGUCCGAGGCGGCGGGCGGAGGGGCGGAGAUGUUCGGCGAAUUUCAGGACUGGUGCCUGCGGACGUACGGGGACUCCGGCAAGACCAAGACCGUGACCCGGCGUAAAUACAACAAAAUCCUCCAGACUCUGCUCCAGGGGGACGAGGAGAACAGCAACGGGGUGUUUCUGCAUGAGAAAGGCAACAACCACAUCAACGCCAAAUUUAAAUUCUGGGUCAAGUCCAAAGGCUUCCAGGUCGGGACGCUGCAGGACGCCAAGAACGGGUCAUCGGACAGACCGGUGCUGUAUGUCCCCAUCAAGGCGACGUGUGUGGACAGCGUAUCCGGGGUCGACUCGUCCCUGAAGCGCGUGGCGGUGGUGGAGGAUUUCUUCGACAUCAUCUAUGCCAUGCACGUGGAGAUCAGCGCCGACCCUGGCAAAGCCCCGAAACACGCCGGCCAGAAGAAGACCUACAAAGCUAUAGCGGAGACGUACGCCUUCCUGCCGAGAGAGGCGGUGACUCGUUUCCUGAUGAGCUGUGGAGAGUGUCAGAAGAGGAUGCACAUCAGCACCACCGGACAGGACUGCAAAGAGAACGACAGGCCGAGCUCCCUGGUGUUAGAGGUGAUAGACUACAACAUGCCUCUCACCACCACCUACAUGAAACAGAUGAAGCUGCAGUGUAUGAACAACAACAAGGAUGACAGUUCACUGAGCAGCGAGGAGGAGGCAGAGAUGAGCGAGCCCACGUGGCUAGCAGCUGAUCUGGGAGCAGCGUCUGACCUGAGCCCGCCGAGCCGAGGAGAGAGGAUGCGCCACAGUCCCCAGAACACACACAGCAAGGAGGACGACGAAGAUUCCUCAUCAGAGAGCUGCAGUGGAAACGGACUGCCUGCCCUGACCCCUCCCUCCUCCGCUGUAACAGACGGUGCCAUAGUCAGGGAAACGGAGGUCAUCAAUGGCAACGGUGGCCCCGCCCCGCUGGACUUCAGCACACCUACUUCUUCUUCCUCAUCGUCCGAGGACCAGCAGCCGAUGAACCUGAGUGAGCCGCCCCCUCAGCGCCUGCCCCUGUCCACCUCACACCUGCCCGUCACCGUAUCGGCAGCGGCAGCCGCGCUGCUCGGCGCUCUGCAUCCCAACGCGCCCGAGGAGCUCCGCAGGAAGUACCCGCUGGCCGCCAAACCUCCCCUGGCUCCACACCCAGCCCUGCCUCUGCCGCACACACACACCCUUCACACACAUAAUGCACACACUCCCAACACACACUCUCAGUCCCACACACACACCGCAGAGCUGCGACUGGACCGAGAUGGCAGGGACUACGGGGGCAAGUCCCCCCAGUACAGUUCGGGUGGCAGCUACGACAGCGUGAAGAUGGACUUGAGUGCCGAGGACCUGACCACGGGGCGUCAUGGCAGCCAGGUUGCCCCUGACGAUGACGACGACGACCACGACGACCAUGACGACAACGACAAGAUCAACGACACAGAGGGAGUCGAUCCCGAGAGACUAAAGGCCUUCAAUAUGUUUGUGCGUCUGUUUGUGGACGAGAACUUGGAUCGGAUGGUGCCCAUCUCCAAACAGCCCAAGGAGAAGAUCCAGGCCAUCAUCGAGUCCUGCAGCAGACAGUUCCCAGAAUUCCAGGAACGCGCCCGCAAGCGCAUCCGCACCUACCUCAAAUCCUGCCGGCGCAUGAAGAAGAACGGCAUGGAGACCCGUCCUACUCCACCUCACCUCACCUCAGCCAUGGCUGAGAACAUCCUGGCGGCCGCCUGCGAAAACGAAUCACGCAACGCCGCAAAGAGGAUGCGCCUCGAAGCCUAUCACGAUGAGCAGAUCUCUUUGGACAAGCCAUCCAGCGGUGGAGGGGGUCUGAAGGAGCCGGCGUCCCUCGCUCACUCUGCCUACUCCCUGGCCGCAUCAGCCUUCUCCUCCCAGGACACCCAGCUCUACAUCAACGGAGCCGGCCUCAGCUACGGUUACCGUGGAUACCCGGGCCUGGGCACUGCCAUUCAACAUCCCGUUUCCCUGACAACCGGCACUGCUGCUCAGAGCAACGGCCCCACAGACCUCAGCAUGAAAUCUUUCUCCUCUGCCAACAUCAGUAACUCCUCCUCUUCUGCCUCCACCAACAACAGCCUGGGUGGGCGGGGCAGCGGGGGUGCGGGAGGCGGCGGGGCGUCGACCCAGCUCAGCCAACCAGAGAUCACGGCCGUGCGUCAGCUGAUCGCCGGCUACCGGGAGUCAGCUGCCUUCCUGCUUCGCUCAGCAGACGAGUUGGAGAACCUCAUCCUGCAGCAGAACUGAUUUGGGGGAAAUGUGGGAGAACACACACACUCACACACACACACACACACACACACACACACACACACACACACACACACACUUCCCAUUAUGUUUGUUUUGUGUCCGUCUGUGUCCCCUGUCUCUCCUUAUCGACGCUGAACACCAGGCCUCCUCUCGUUUUUGCUCUUCCCUUCUUAAAUCGGGGUUUGUUGGUUUCUCCUCAUCUGCCUUCUCGUCGGAAACCGUGGCCACUUUUCGUUUUUCGAGAAAAAUGGGAAACUGGGACAGCGGGAGAGGGAGACCAAUCCCACCCCACCAUCCCCAAAACAAUCCCCCACAACCUCAAUCCAUUGAUUCUGCCUGAGGAGCGAAAACAUUGUUUUGAAGAAAGGAGCAGAACAUUUGGACUCUGGAGGAAUGUCUUCCUCUCCUCUCUGGAAACAUCUCACAAUCAGCACUACGCUCUGAGCGAAGGAGUGUGGAGGAGUGCCGGAGGAGUGGAGGAGCCUGUAAGAAGAGUGAAGAAGACUGCAAGGUUGUUGAUUCUGCUGUUGUGGUUUCAAAAAAUAGAAGACUGUGUGAAGUUUUGGAGUUUCCCUGUGGAGCUCCAACACGGGGAGUUUUGAUUGGCCAACGCUGUCUUGUGAUCAUAACAGUUUAAAAGAUAAUAAAUAAUGACUCCCUGAAUUAGUACUACUGAAGCUGUUUGUUAAAUGACGAGUGCUUUUGAUUUGAUUGAAGAUUUAAUUUGUUCUUUUUUUUUUUUUUUCCUUUGGAGUCCAGUGAGCAUUUAUUUAUUUCUUUUUUAUUCUUCCCAAGUGACUGAAAGAAAGAAAGGCAGUUUGACGUAUCUUAAAAGAUAGCACUAAAUACAGAAAAGACUUUGAGUCCGGAAGGACUAAAGGAUGGAAACUGGAAAAGAAAAAGAGAAAAAAGGAGUUGUUUGGUUCAAAAAAAAAAAAAGGAGAGAAACUUUUUUUGUGCUCGCUUGUAUAUAAGCUCUCUGUGUCCUAUAGCACUUUUCCCUCACCUGAAACCUCACCCUGAACCCCCCCAUCCUCCUCACCCCUUUUACCCAGGGAGCAACUUCUUACUUAUGCAUCCAAGACGCCAUGUUGACCACCAGGAAAUACCUCAGAUCAGACCUGCCAAUUCCAUUUUCAGUUCCACACACACACACACACACACACACAUACACACACUCACACUCUGCAAGUGAAUGGUAACAUUCCCACCAGAAGCCAGUUUACUUCUAUUUUACCACCUGAUGUCUUCAAGGUUUAUAUAUUUUUGGGGGGAGAAUCAAACUAUAUUGCGCAAAAGACCUGAAAUGUCAAAACGAUGAAGCAUUUCAAGAACUGAUGUUGUAAACUUUUCAAACACUGAAAUCUUUAAACUUUUUUCUUUCAUCUGUGCGGGUUCAUUUGUGUGCUGCUGUAUAUAAUCAGUCAUCUUGAAAACUUGAGAAGAAUCAGAGUUUGAAGUUAACCGGAGUGUAUUUCUCUGGGAGGUGACUUUCUCCUUAAAGGGGAGGGAGGGUGUGUGUGCGUUGGGGAGGGGUUUUCUUUAAAGAAAAGGGGGUUAAAUGUUAGUUACUGGUGGCAAUUUUAUCUCCCGCUUCUACUUUUUACAAAUUUAGAUGUAACGCCAAUGAAACCUCAGCAUCGGUCUGUUUGACACCCCUCCCCGCCUCCCUCUCUUCGUCUUCUUCUCUCCAUUGGACCUACUCCUCACCUCUUCUUUGUGGACCUAAAUAUCCUCCUCUUCCUCCUUCCCUUCCUGGUCCGGUCCAGGUUUCAGAGGAAGAGGAGGACUGCUCUGUCUUACUGUGUUUGUCUGUUAAACUCUAAGAUGGCCAUUACUAUUAUUAUUGUUAUUAUUAUUAUUAUUAUUAUUAUUACUAUGAUUAUAAUGAUGAACUUUCAUGUUGCUGCUGCUAUAUAAAAACCGGACCUUCUGCCAUAGACCUGAAACCUCAACAAAGCCGGGUGUUAGCUAGCCGCAGUGCCCCGUGAAAACCCGACCAACCAACCAACCUCCUGCGACCUCGACUGCAACUCGACCACGACAAAGCAAAAACAACACAAAGACUCACA